AUGGCAGAAGACACCGCCAACUCCCCGCCGGACUCUCACAUUGACCACGAGGCAGCCAUCAACUACUGGUCAUCAGUCACCCCGGACCUCAAUGGUAUCCUCGGCGGCUACCCCCAGCUCUCUCAGAUCGACCUGCGCGGGUCGAAAAGUUUUCUUGCAAAGGUCCGUCGAUCAAUUCCCUCCAUGGAAUCCAAGCCACUCCAAUUAGCUGUCGAUUGCGGUGCUGGUAUCGGCCGCAUCACCGACGGUUUUCUGAGUAAACAAUGUGAUAUGGUGGACGUUGUCGAGCCGGUGGAAAAAUUUGCAAAGGUUAUUCGCGAUGGGAAAUUAAAGCAAGAAGGGAAGGUUGGCGAUAUAUAUGUGGUAGGAUUGCAGGAUUGGGUCCCGACGAAGAAAUACGAUUUGAUUUGGAACCAGUGGUGCCUGCUGCAUCUGACGGAUGCACAGUUGGUAGAGUACCUUGACCGGUGCCGCGAUGCGCUCUCGGACGCGGGCUUGAUUGUGGUGAAAGAGAAUAUCAAUUCGAAUCCAUAUGAAGAUUUUUAUGAUGAUACGGAUAGCUCUGUUACACGGGCAGAGCCAAACUUUAGGAAAUUGUUUGCUCGGGCGGGAUAUGAAGUCGUGCGAUCUGAGGAGCAGCUGGGCUUCCCUAAGCGGCUGGGACUAUAUCCGGUGAUGAUGUACGCGCUUCGCCCUAAGAAAGAAUAG